AUGUCAAGCCUCGCGCCUCACUUUGAACGAACAACUGUUUUCAGGCAAAUGACUCCUCCGAUCCUCUCAAUGGUCAUUGGGAAUGACAAAUACUUGUCCGACAAGUACACCAACCUCAAUGGGGCAGUGGCCGAUGCAAACCAUUUUGAAUCAUACCUUAGAGGUCUGGGUACCACAAUUAUCGACAUAAUCAGCCUACGAAACGCUUCUCGCUGGGAUAUUCUGAAUGGAUUUCGUUCUUUGCAGAACAAUUAUCCUAAUUGGAAAGAGGAUGCUGCAAUUAUCGUCUUCUACGCUGGACAUGGCGCCCGUACUGCAAAGCCCAAAGAGUGGGUCGACUGGGAAACCAGCACCGGCGAGGUGGAGAUGUUGUGCCCGAGCGACAUAGGCAUGCUCGACGGCCCCUCUGUCGUCGAAGGCAUUUAUGAUCGCACGAUAUCGGCUCUCCUCAAUCAGCUAGCAGCAGCGAUGGGCCCGAAUAUUACCUUGAUAAUGGAUUGCUGCUGCUCUGGAGGUAUCACCCGAGGCGACAGCGAUUCAGACAUUUAUGUUCCCCGAGGAAUUGAAGAUCCACCGCCAGCCAGCCCAAAAUCCGAUCAAGAUAUUUUCUCGUCGGAUUCACGAGGCGCAGCCGCGGAUGGCUCCUUGGGCAAGCUUUAUCAGUCCCACGUUUUGCUCGCCGCGUGCGGACAAGAGGAGAAUGCUUACGAGGACCCGAAGACGAAUCGUGGGUACUUCACGACCCAUCUUCUGAGCAUCCUUGAGGACGUGGAUGCCGGCUCUCUGACGUAUACUUCGUUGGUUCAUAAACUGAGCUUGGCCACUAAAUUGCAAACUCCUCGGUGUGAAGGUCAUGGUGUGACCUGGCGUCUCUUCAACAAUCAUCUUUCUGGUUCAGAUUGGUCAUUCAUCCUUACUCGGCGCGACGACAGGAAUAUGUUUAUUCUGGAUGCAGGAAUAGCUCAAGGCAUCACCGUUGGCUCUCGUCUUUCGGCCCACAGUACGAACAUAAUUGGUUUUAAAUCCGAAGGAGAGUUCGAAGUCAAGUCUGUCACCAUGUUGUCUUCGACCUUGGAAGUGAUUUCACCCCAACCACCCGUCCAGCUACCCGACCUACUUUAUUCCAGACUCGUUUAUACUUCGGGCUCUCAAAUCAAAGUCUACUGCAGGAAGAGGCGUUGGUUAGAAUUUACCUUUCCACCCCAGGUCAGAAACGAAUCAGGGAUCCUUGUUGUAGACGAUCCGUGGUCUUGUGACCUCGAAUUGGUUGUCUCGCAUGGGAAGGUUUCUUUCCGCCCACGCCACGAACUCGUAACACCUCAUCUAGAAAAGAAGGUUCGAUACGAGGUUGAUGUCAACGACAGUGACACCGUCCGCAACGUCGUCUGUUCCUCGCGAGUGUUUUACUAUCACCUUACGCGCCCUGUUCUAGGGGAAUUUCCACACGCUAGGAUAGAGCUGAAGGAACUGGACUAUGUUGCAUCCGCCGAAGUUGCAGCAACAGAAGAGCCACCUCUCAUGCCUACUGGGGACAACUUGUUGAGGAAUGAGCCAGCAACAAUCGUUGUUGACGAAGAAGCCGUCUACGGGAUGACCAUCGCCAACCAAAGCGACUAUCGCCUGUACCCUUUUGUCUUCUACUUCGAUCCAACGAAGCUCACAAUCGGCGAGUAA